GUCUGUCUAAUCUUAGAGGUUCGGUUGUUAGUUACUAGUUAGUUCUCAUUACAGUGAUUAGACAGCAUUAGGCCUAUAAUUUUUCUGCAGGUUUGAUAGUGCCAAUUUUUUGCUCCCAACAAGGAAAAAAAAACCUUAUUUAUCUAUCUUGUUACUAACACUUUUAGACUAACUUAGUUUCAGAAAUAUUAAAAUUGGUCUAGGCAUUAAGAUACCUACAGUAAGUAGGCCUACACCUAAUGGGCCCAAGAAAUGUGUUACGUGAUUAUAUAGCUAGGCCAACUGGCCAUCCCUUCAGAAAUACAUUAAGUUUAUUAUUUGAAAUCAAGAAUUUUAAAACGUUUCUGUCACAUCAUAAAUUUAUUGGUACCGGUAGUUUCAAAGUUCCUGAACCAGAGUUGGAAUUUUCUUACUUGUGUGACUCAAGAAAUCGAGAUGAAAUAAUGAAGAAUAUUACUAAUAGGAAAGGUGUUGGUGACAUUGAUAAAGUUCUCCAUUUGCACAAUAGCUAUUUAAAAGAUGAAAAUAAUUUAACUAAAACAAACAUGUUAAAAGAAAUGCUCAAAAUUCCCAAUCGAACACAUCCUGCAGUCUUGGCCCAUGGAGAAGAACCCAAAGUUGUAAAAAGAAUUGAAAAGAAAAUUAAUUUUGAUUUUAAGCCAAAACUUUUUCAUGAAAUCGCAAAUUCAAUGAAAUUGUUGAGAAACGAUAUAAGCUUAUUCACAGGUCAUAGGAGCUAUUUCUUCGUUGAACAGCUUUCUAAGUUAGAAUCAGCAAUGAUCAAGCAUUCAGUUUCUAAACUUAUAAAGGCAGGAUUUCAUUUAGUAUCAGUGCCUGACAUCCUAGAUAGAGCGGUUAUUGAGAGCUGUGGAAUGGAAACUCGUGGGCAAAGGAGUCAAGUAUACAGUUUAAGCUCUGUUCACGGAAGUGACAAAUGCUUGUCAGGAACUGCCGAGAUGGCAUUGGCUGCGUAUUUGAUGAACAAUGAGAUACACCCCUCUCAACUCCCUUUGCGACUUGUGGCAGUCAGCAGAUGUUACCGAGCAGAGACCUCUAGUACCUCUGAAGAGAGAGGCAUAUACAGGGUGCACCAAUUCACUAAAGUUGAGAUGUUUGGAGUGAGUGAGCCAGAACAAUCGAGUGAGCUGUUGGACCAGUUCCGGGACUGGCAAGUGAAUCACUUUGCUGACUUGGGACUUGACCUCCAAGUCAUGGACAUGCCACCACAUGAGCUUGGGGCUCAGGCCUACCGCAAGUACGAUGUUGAGGCAUGGCUACCAGCCAAGCAGAUAUGGGCUGAGCUGUCCAGUUGCAGUGACUGUACUGACUAUCAAUCCCGCCGUCUGAAUAUACGCAGCAAUGGAAGGUUUGUGCACACAGUAAAUGGCACUGCGUGUGCUGUGCCUAGGCUGCUAAUUGCUCUGUUUGAGCAGCAUCAGCAGCGUGAUGGCUCCGUGCUGAUCCCUCCAUCCCUGCAGACAUACAUGGGCGGAGCAACACACAUUAGCAAGGACAACAACCAUCACCUACCUGCCCUGCGACCAAUGAAGAGGCUUAGUAAGAAAACGUGAAAAUCUCUGAUUUAAUGUCUAGUUUAACCAAACUUUAUGGUCUAGUUCUGUAAAUGGUAAUAAAACAAUCAAUCACCGUGCUGUUUAAA